AUGCGCAUGCGUAUGCGCAGGCACACCAAGUUGACUUUCAAAAGCAGAUGCCUCGCGCUCCGCCUCCCACCCGAAGUCAGCCUCCCACCCGAAGUCACCCGAUGCGCUGACCUUGGCAGGCGGGAGGGGGCCAAAGCGGACUCCAGACCACGGCACAGGCUCCUCCCUCAUGUUGCAGAUGUUAAGCCGCCAGACACGGUGGGAGCUAUGCAGGAGAGGCGAGAAGUGCUGGUCACAAAGAUGCCUGCCAAGUUGGUAUGUCAACGUGGGCUUUGUGUUGGCAGCAGUGCUAUUACCACAUUGGGUGACCCAGCAAAAGGUGUAUACGUUUCUAAAUAUUCGGACUACCUUCAUGCACGACCGUGGUAUCAUGGGAAAUCUGGCUUUAUUGUAAUUUUUAAUCUAAUUAAGGGAAGAGUCAAGCCUGUAUCUGAAAAUUAUACAACUAACUAUACUAGCCCAUCUAUUGGCUAUGAUUGUCACGUGGCUACGAAUACAAACAAGGUUUCUCACAAAACGAGUCAUUUUCGCAACUUUGAACUGAGUCAGUAUUACCUCUAUGAGCUUUCAGGCAGCAGCGCUGUAACAGAGCGACCCAGGCAAAUCUGUCCUUACCUCAUUGUCGCUUUUCAGUACCGGGAGCCUAGAAGAAUGGCGGCAUCUACUUCAACAAGCUCACGGAAAGUCUGUGAAAAUGUUCUCACCUCUUCAUGGACAGGAAAAUUAAUUAUUCAAGGCUGUUUACUAUGUGAUAUAACACUUCGAUCCACUUGUGGUGCAAUGAUUCCUAUAAAACUACAACAUGAACUAGAUUUCAAGUAUGUCAUGAAAGUGUCAUCUCUGAAAAGAAUACUACCACAAGCUGCCUUUAAAAAUCAGAAUAACUUGGAACAAAAACAAGGUCUGUCCUUUUCCCAAGAAAUGUGCUUCAAUAUGUAUGAGGUGGAAUUAUCAAACAACGAAGAAAAAAUAACUAAACUAACAGAAUACAUUAAAAAGAAGCAGUUGGCAAUCAUCAAGUGCUUAGAAGAUCGGGAAGUUUUCAUUUUACUUACAUCAUCAGCCUUAAUAUCAGAACCAAACCGUGGAGAUGAACAGAUGAGUCUUUGUGGGUUACAUGUGUUCCAUUCAUCCCUACCAACAGGUGUGAAAGACUUGAAAGUUAAAGAUGACAUCUCAUUGAAGGUGACACCUGUUUUACCUGCCCUUACCCGUGCCCUGCUUGAAGCAAAAAAAUUGUGUACUGAAGAAGGAAUCUGCCCAAACAGCUUAGUCAAGAAAAGCCUUCAGGAAUUAUGCAAGGUGGAUAAAAGCCCCUCACUGGCUACUGCACCACAGGAUGUAGAAAACGAGUUGGUGACCAUUGGCAGUGUGCCUGGUUCUCUGGAUCUGGCUCCCAUCGCCAAGAAGUGCCCCUCACAUUCCCUAACUCAGCUGAGGUCUUACCUUUCCAAUCCUAAUGGUUAUGUUUUGGAAGUAUCUGCCGCUCUGGAUUUAUUGGCAGGGCAUCCUCUGUCCCCCUGUAUCUCAGAUGGAAUUUGUGAUGCUGGGUUCUCAUUAGCUAAUACUCCGGAUCCUGAACUCCUCAAAUCGGAAGUAGGAGGACAAAAGCUAGCAGAAAAGAAUUCUGAAGAAGCAAGCCAGAGAACCAAGGUUCCACUGGGGCUGGCAUCAGCUGUGAGAGUUCAGCCUAAGAGAAAAGCCAGCACCCCCUCCACAGCACAGAGUGAAAAGGUGAACACAUGUCGUCUCCCCACCAAAAGAAGUGCUGUUGUGGCCAAGAAGGCGUCUGACCUCGAGACCACUGUGAAGCUCGUCAAAGGACCUUGUCCUCAGAAGCGGAAGAGAGGUGCUGAAGUGCUAGCGGCACAAGUUGUACCAACCACAAGACGGAAUCCGAAAGACCAAGGUGCUCCCAUCCCUAAAGAAGUGCCAGUGGCAACAAAUUCUAAAAGAGCAAGGAAGCAAGACAAAUCGACAGUCACAGCUGUUCUAAAGAAUAAACUGCCCUUGCAGAAAUCUUCGAAAAACCAGAGGAUAAAUCAGACUCCCAAAGUCAAAACGCCACCUCAGCCCGCCAACAAAGAAAGGACUUCACAGAUUCAAUCUGAAAUUUCAUCAGCUGCUUCAGCAAAUGCUUCUAACACAGAGACAGCUGAACCAGAAAAAGUCCUGGGGACUCCCAAAGAUCACCCUGAAAACCCUGAUGUCAGCUGUGACUCCCAAGCACUAAAUAUGUUAGCUGAUCUAGCAUUAAGCUCCUCUACCUCUGCCUCCUCAUCCUCUGAUACCAGGGACCUUCCGUGCUCCUCUCAGUUACCACAAAAAGAUCUUUUAAGUUCUAAAGAGCAUUCUUUGCGGAGGACCUCUGACCAUGUGUAUCACCGGGGAGCCCGACAUCCCAGAGGUGGGACACUGGCCAAACCUGCUGCUAACAAGAAGGGUCUCUCCACAUCAGACCCCAUCAGCCGAACCCCUGUGGAAGCGCAGCCCACGCCUGAGGAAAGGUUGGAAACUUCUCAGAGUCAAAAAUCAGUUGUUGCUGUGGAACAUUCUUACGCCCUUAUUGUCACAGAGCACUCAAAGAAGCAGUUACAGCAGAGAGGGGCGCCUGGCCCAGCCUUUGCUAAGAAUAGCACCAAAGGCUCUGAUGCUGGAACUCCUGUUGGAAAAGUCAUGCCAUUUCGGCAUCAGCAAAUCACCUCUCCUCUUCAGAAGCUUCCUGAGUACCCUCUCCUGAAGCAGAAUGCUGGGUUGCUGUCUUCCAGCCUGAGAGAAUUUUGUUGCUCUCGCACAGUGUUUCCCUGUGAAGGGUCCUUUAAGGUCACUAUCAAAUGUGAGACAGAGUAUGUUUUCAGCUUGGACAGCAAGUACACCAACAACCCACUGGAAAAAACAGUCCUGAGAGCAUUACAUGGGCCCUGGAAUGCUGACUUACCCGAUAACAUGGAGGAAGUAAAGCUUUUACUUCAUAUGUGGGUGGCUCUGUUUUACAGUGGUCCCAACAAAAUCUUGCGGGCAUCUCGAAGAGUGGUCGAACACAGCAACCCAGCAAAGUAUGUGUCUCUCAACAGCACAUCAGACUCUUUGGAACUCAGUGAAAAUGAGGACUUCCUUAAUGUGGACACACUGUCAGAGGAUAGUGUCACCCCAACAGCUCAGACGACUGCAAGCUUCCCUGACACUGACACAGUUCCUCCUCUCCUUAAACCACCAUCAGCCAGAGGAUUGGAACUCUGGAUCCAGAAUGAUCAGGAGGAAGUGUGUGCAAGAGAGGAACAGUCAGAGCUGCCAGAAAGACAGAAUUUCAUCUAUUCUUGUAGUCACGAGAUAAUUAAAGAAAAAGAAAAACAGGACUCAUCAGAUAAACUAGAUGGUUCUGAUUCUAUGCUUUCUAGAAACUCCCAAACAUCUCUUCCUUCUGUUCUUGCUGAAGAUAAAACUUUUGAGCCACUUGACAGCAGAAUAGCGAGAAUGUACAGUGAUUCCAUCACCCAAACCACAGUCACCAUGGCUUAUGAUGGCACUCAGUCUGCUGCCUGCAAAAGGUCACCUCAAAGUCCUCUGGAGAGCCCAGUGGGCAUCUUUCAGACGACAGUGCAGGCAGACACUGAGGCUUUACAGGACCUACUCCAACAGAACAGCCCCUUCAAAGAUGACCAGUCUUCUCUGGAAAAGAAAGAUGACAGUGCUGAGUAUGUGGUGAUUAAUCUGGAGCCAGUGACUCUCACUUUUGAUAAAAAUCUCUUUGUACCAAUACCGACAGAAAUUAUCAAUGAAACCAACACCCCUGCAGCCUUUAAUAUGGAGUUGGUUAAACAGUUAUCACCACCAAGUGUCAUGCAUGCUGUGUCCUCUGAAAAAACUCCAACACCAAGUAGUCUAGACAUCCAAUCUCCGACAGUGCCAGGACAUUUAGACACUAAAUUCCUUUGUGCUUCGCCGGUAAGUAGAGAGUCACUUGCUGAAGAAACAUGCUCCUCAGGGAACAAGCCUGUUCGAGGAUCCUCAUCACCACCUGCUUGCUCAGUGCUCUUGGAGGCACCAUUAGCUCAGACUUCUAAGUACUCGGUACCCGGAGAAGAAAUUAAACUCUCUGAAGAAUUGGUCCUGCAGGCCCCAAGUGUCUUUGGCACGGCAUCAGAAGAGAUUAGCGAGCCUUCACAGGUAGCAGUCUCGUCAUCAGCCUCUGCCUCCUCCAGGAAAAGUGACUCAUUCACCCACAUCUCAUCAAUAUGUAAUACUUCAGGGGCAGCUUUAGAAGACCACAGCUGUGGUCAUAACAGUGAAAAUGUGAAUUUUCGCUCAUUGAAUUCAGCAUUUACCAAACAUGAUGCACAGUCUCUGAGCAAAGAGGUCAAUGUAGAAUUAUCAGGGGAAGAUUCUGACAUUGAUCUGAUUCUGACACUGUCACCACCUACCAGCCCCAGUGAAGUGCCUGCUGGGGACAUCACCCCAAAUCAAGAGGUUGUUUUAACAAGUGUAAAUGACCAGCGUGUGGCUGAGAAAAACACUUGGCCUGGAGAGAAUGAAGACAUGAAUUCCAGUCACCCAUCAGUUUAUCCUGUAGAGACAGCCAAAACACUAGCAAAUAAAGAGCAGAGAGGUGAGCAUGGACAGCCAGUAACUGUCACACUUCCCCAGGAAAACUGUACCUUGAAUGUUUCUGAGAAAGUGCAUGUUCCCUCAGAUUUUCCCUUUGGUUCUUUAAUCGAGGAAGUGUCACCAGCUUCUAGUCCUGGUCCCCAGGCUUCCGCUGAGGAAAUGCAACCUCAGGCCAGUAAAAAGUCUCCAUAUACAGGCUCUAAGGGAAAUGACAGAUCCUCUCAGAUUGAGGCAGGAGAUUUGGCCAUAAAAGAAAAUGCUUCUGUUGGUCCUGCCCUUUCAGUGGGCCUGGGUAACUUCACUCAGGGACUGGAGACACAGCGCCCUGCUGAAAGAUCUCUGCUACUAAAUGAUGGCCCAGAUGGCAAAGAGACACAUUUCAACCUCCCAGGAAACGCAUCCAAGGAGAAUGGCUCAGAAGAUCAUGAGGAAAGCUCCGGGUUCUCAGAGCAGAUUCCCUGCUGUGAUUCGAAGGUAAAGCACUCUGACUCAGCAACCAAUGACAACAGUGACCUCAAACCUCUAGAAAAAUCAGAUACGUUACAGCCAGUUUGUAUGGAGAACAGAAAUUCAGACUUAAAUCAUCUUGUCUCUGAGACCAGCAAGCUUCCAUCUAGUCCCCAGGAGCAUCUGGAAAGUAAGACUUCAGAUGACACAUUUGUUCCUACAGCUGCUCCAAAUGAUCGCACCAGCAUGCCAUCAAAAGAACAGAUGAAGCAAAUACUCUUUGGUAAUUUGAAAUCCAGUGAAGGGAAUUACAUGCAAGUGAGGUCCUUCGAGGUGGAGUCUGGUGAUAGGGUUGAUAACACAGAGGCCAACAUGCAUGCAGUUAGCCUCCAGCCUGCUGCCUCCUCUGGUGGUGCUCCAUCGACCUGUCCGCUGCCUGUGAGUGCUGAAACAGGUCGUCAGAGCCAGAUAUUGCCACUGGUCAGAAUAUCCACUUUGCUUAGAAAUGAAACUGAGGGUCCGUUACCAGAUGCCACCAGUUUAGGCGGCUUUGUGUCUGAGACACACCCAUCAGAUCCAAAUGGUGGACAAGUACCAGGGCACAUGCUGUCAGAUACAUCAGCAUCGAAGACAGAAGAUCCGCUGAGUGGUGGACUUAUUCCCACAUAUACUGGUUCUUACCCAUACACAGCCGCCUCUGGUGACAUGGGGAGGAAUGAGCCUUCUGCUUCCUGUGUUUCUAAAACUGGGGACCCUAGUUGUGGCAUUUCUGGGAAGCAGACAGAAAGUAAGGGCCCUGGUGACCAGCCCAGGACCCUGGGCCGCACAAGAAACCCAAACAGAGACUUGGAUUGGGAUGUCGGUGUGAAUUCUGACAUCCAAUCUGAACCAUUUUCUGGCAACUACAAAGACUUUACUGACGCUGGUAGAAAAUCAAAAUUUGACCUGAAGGCCUGCACUCCACGUUAUAGGCACAGCAAGAAAAAGGGGGAGGACAGCUCUCUUCUGCAUGCAGGCCCAAGUGAUCAUGAAGACUGGAGCAUCUCUAAGCAAAUCCCGGGGCCUGAGACCAACAUGCCUUCCAAACACUGGGGCCUUGGGUUGAAGAAAGAUAAGUGCAGGCCAAGUUGCAUCCAGAUCCAAGACCUCCACGGCAUCCCCCGAACUUAUGCUAACUUCACUAUCACUAAGGGGCUCCCAGAUGCUUCAAGGCCACUGCACAGCCCACACCCCACACAGCAUGAUUUGCUCAGCCCCUUGGUCAACACGUGGCAGGAGGCAAGUGACCUCACCCAGAAUACACUGGACCUGGAAUAUCUGUGCUUUGCACAUAAACUCAGACAAAUGGUAAAGCAAACAGACCCUCUGCAAUCUGCUCCUUCCAGUAGCGUGCUGAAGGCAGCGUCUCCAAGCAGAGCUUUCCCUGUGACAGAAACGGCCGCGUGCCCAGUCCGUUCCACAUGCCGAAGCCAAAGUCCCCUAGUGGUAACCAUCAUGUCCCCAGAGCCCAGGAAAAGUAUGCACACGAGAGGCCACCAGUCUGCUAGUAGUUUGGACAUUUCUCCCUCUUGGAAGGAGAGACAUGGUCUCGGCAGGAAACCUGCUAAUCCUGAAAGAAAGAAUGUUUCCUUCCACCUCCACAAACUAAAAUACAACAGUCCUCUGAAAGACCCUCGAAAUGAUAUCUCAUUGAUUCUCAAUGAGUAUGCCGAGUUCAACAAGGUGAUGAAUAGCAACCAGGUCAUCUUCCAGGACCACGAGUCCAAUGCUGCAGGGUGCACCCUAUCUGAGGACUUGGGCUCCUCUUUCCCAAGAAGGUGUGCCUCCUAUGAAGACAUGAUCACAGACUUAUGUGCCAGCCUGCACAUCCGACUGAAGAGUGUUAUGAAGGAGGCUUGCCAAAGCACCUUCCUCUUUUACAUUGUGGAGACAGAAGACCAGGCAUUCCUCCUAAGAACAAAGAACAUUCUGCAGAAAGGAGGCCACACAGAAAUUGAACCUCAGCAUUUCUGUCAAGCCUUUCACAGAGAAAAUGAUACACUCAUUGUCAUCAUCAGAAAUGAAGAUAUAGCAUCACAUCUGCAUCAGAUUCCUUCUCUGCUGAAGUUGAAGCAUUUUCCCAAUGUCCUCUUUGCCGGCAUCGACAGCCCUGAAGAUGUGCUCGAUUACACCUACCAAGAGCUGUUCCCUACAGGCGGCUUUGUGGUGUCAGAUGACAGAGUAUUAGAAAUGUUGACAUUAGUUCAGCUGAAGGAAGUUGUUAAAAUCCUGGAGAAACUAAAUGGAAAUGGAAGAUGGAAGUGGUUGCUUCACUACAGGGAACAUAAAAAACUCAAAGAAGAUGUUAGAAUAGACUCUACUGCACGUAAGAAGCACAUGAUAUUGCAGUCAUGUCGAAGCACGAACAUCAUCGAGCUGCUUCACUAUCACCAGUGUGACUCGCGCCCAUCAGCCAAGGGAGACUACUUGAAGUGUCUGCGCAGCCUACAGGUGCAGCACAUUUGCUCACGCUUUGCCAUCUUCCUGACAGAAAAGCCUGCUGUUUCCAGAGAAGUCUUUGAAAAUAAUGGCAUCCUUGUUACAGAUGUAAAUAACUUUAUUGAAAACAUACAGAAGGUAGCAGCUCCAUUUAGGAGCAGCUACUGGUAAGAGUAUCUUCUGUAACUCCCACUGUGAGCUGGAAUGAACAUCAAGUAAAUGUUUUGAGUAUUUCCUAGUGUCAGAAAUGAAAACUAA